AUGACGGGUGUCGACCCAGAGAUCGCGGAGCACCACCUCAACAUCCCACCUGAUUCUCGCCCGGUGAAACAAAAGGCCCGGCGCCAGGCCCCUGACCGACAACGUGCAAUACAAGAGGAGGUGGACCGACUCCUGGCCGCGGGCUUCAUAGAAGAAGCCAAAUAUCCUCAGUGGCUGUCCAAUAUCGACCAGCUGGUCGACGCAACGGCCGGUCACGCGCGACUCUCUUUUAUGGACGCCUACUCAGGGUACAACCAGAUCAGGAUGGUUCCCGGAGACAGAGAGCACACGACCUUCCUUACCAAUCAAGGCAUGUACUUCUACAAAGUCAUGUCGUUCGAGCUGAAAAAUGCUGGGGCCACAUACCAGAGAACGUGCGCUUUCGGCGUCACCUCCGGGAAGUUCCUCGGGUUCAUCGUGCACGAGAGAGGAAUCGACGCUAACCCGGAGAAGGUCCAAGCUAUAAUCAAUAUGCAGUCUCCCCGGACGGUUAAAGACCUGCAGCGACUUAACGGAAGACUUGUCGCUCUGUCUCGCUUCCUCGCCCGAUCGGGCGAUCGCUGCCUCCCAUUCUUCAAGGCGCUCAAAAGCCCGAAGAGCUUCCAGUGGACAUCAGAAUGCGAGGAAGCUUUCAAACAAAUAAAACAGCACAUGGCCAGCCUCCCCCGGCUCGCCUCCGUCUCUCCGGGUGAGAAGCUGGGCCUCUACUUGGCGGCCUCCCAGCAUGCAGUCAGCUCCGUCCUGGUCAAGGAAAGCUCCGGCCAACAACUCCCGAUCUACUGCGUCAGCCACGUCCUAAGUGGACCUGAGGAGCGACGGCUCCUCAAAUGGGCGGUGGAGCUCGGCGAACAUGACAUAAGCUACUCGCCCAGGACCGCCAUCAAGGCCCAGGUGGUAGCCGACUUCAUUGCGGAGCUGACACAGCUGGAGGACGGCGCCGGCGCAGGGCUAGUCCUCCUCGCCCCCGAUGGACGCUCGUUCGAGCGAUCCCUUCACUUCGGAUUCAAAGCCACCAACAACGAGGCGGAGUACGAGGCGCUCCUGGCAGGUCUAGAGCUGGCCCUCGAGAUGCAGGUGGCCGCGAUACGCGUCCUCACCGACUCGCAACUUGUGGCCGAGCAGCUCAACGGCGGAUACGAAGCUCGAGACGUGACCAUGGCGAAACACCUGGCACGGGUAAGGGACCUAACCGCCAAGUUUCACUAUUUUACACUAUCUAACAUUCCGAGGGAGGAGAACGAGCGAGCCGAUGCACUAGCCAAGUUGGCGUUGAAAUCGAUCUCUAAAGCAUGGCCAGAGGUCGAGGAGCUCCCUGCCCACGCCGUCGAAAUAGCAACUACAGCCCCAGGCGGCGUGCCGACCACGUGGGUACAAGAGUUGCUGCGCUUCAAGCGAGAUGGAACCCUCCCCCUCGACGAAGUCGCAGCUCGGCACCUGCAUCAUACGCACGCAUGGUACACCGUGGAGUGUGACCACCUCUACAAACGGUCCUUCACCUAUCCCCUCCUGCGAUGUUUAGAGCCUGACGAAGCCCAGAUGGUUCUAACCGAAACCCACGAGGGGGUAUGCGGUGAGCAUAUCGGCGGGCAAACCUUGGCGCACAAGAUACUCCGUCAAGGCUACUACUGGGCGACCAUGUGCCAGGACGCCAAAGCCUACGUUCGGCGGUGCAGUUCGUGCCAGCAGCACGCCCGCGCACCCCGACAGCUCGCGGUUCCGCUCAGUCCCAUCGACUGCACGUGGCCAUUCGCGCAGUGGGGUUUGGACCUGCUCGGACCCUUCCCACCAGCCUCUGGACAGCGAAAGUACAUAAUUGUGGGGGUAGACUAUUUCAUGAAGUGGGUCGAGUGUUAG